UCUCGCAGCAGUUGCUAGCAGUAACGUUAGCUCCGUCUGGCUUCUGUGUACCUUGCGUCCGCCUGAAUUUUGCGGCAAAGCAAAAGUGAUUCGAUAAUAUUUUUAAAAAAGCAAGUCGAAGGAGCGGUAGAAGAUACGAUGAUGUAGUCGUUUGAUUUUCGUUCUUAUUUAUAGAUGUGUGUUGAUUUAGUGCGUACACGUUGUGUUAUGUUUAGCAUUAUUUUUGGUUUUCAUCGCCGCACCCUCCAUAGUCAGUUUUAUUGGGGAGCGAGAUAGCGAGAUAGCUAAUGUUUUGCUGGGAGCUAACGUGCUAAAAAGCAGGUGUAAACUACGGGACACAGUGCUGUUCGCUUUAAAGUACUAAGAAGCCCUUUUCUUUUUUUUUUAAAUCUGUUUUCUCGCAGAUUUAUGCCACAUCUUGCUGUAUAGCCCGGUAAUAACACACUUCCUUCGCCUGGUAACAACACGGUAAGGCAUCACCGUUAUCAUCAUGACAGGUGAGAAGAUACGCACCAUGCGAAAGGAUAACAACAAACCCAACAAAAAUGACGAGAUAAUGGACACGUACGAGGAGACUUCAAACGGGACUAUUCCGAACGGCACCGGUAACCAUUUUAAAUCCAACAAGGCUUUUCAGAGAUCAGUGAAAACCUCGGCGCUGCAACAACAACAACAACAACAACAGCUUAAUGACAAUAACAUUAAUGGCAACUCGUCGUCAAUCGGCACCGUCGUCAAUGAUGACAACAAGAAUCCGAUAAUCCUGACAAGUGAGGACUUGGAGUUCCCUGUUCACGAGUGUGUGUUCAAGGGAGAUGUACGUCGGCUCUCCUCCCUCAUCAGGACCCACAGCAUCCUUCAGAAAGACGUGCAUGGGAACACACCUCUUCACCUGGCUGUGAUGUUGGGUCACAAAGAGUGUGCCCUCCUACUAUUGGCCCAUAAUGCUCCUGUAAAGAUCAAGAACGCACAGGGAUGGAGCCCUCUCGCAGAAGCCAUCAGCUACGGUGACAGACAGAUGAUCACGGCAAUACUGCGGAAGCUAAAGCAGCAAUCCAGGGAGAGUGUGGAGGAUAAGAGGCCAAAGUUACUGAAAGCUCUGAAGGAGCUUGGUGACUUUUAUCUGGAGCUGCAUUGGGACUUUCAGAGCUGGGUGCCUUUGCUAUCCAGGAUGCUGCCAUCUGAUGCUUGUAAAAUCUACAAGCAGGGAAUUAAUAUCAGACUUGACACAACUCUCAUAGACUUCAAUGAUAUGAAGUGUCAGCGCGGAGAUCUAAGCUUCAUAUUCAACGGCGAUGCAGCGCCCUCCCAGUCCUUUGUGGUUCUCGACAAUGAAGCUAAAGUGUACCAAAGAAUACACCACGAGGAGUCUGAGAUGGAGACUGAAGAGGAGGUUGAUAUUCUGAUGAGCAGUGACGUCUACUCUGCAACUCUGUCCACCAAGUCCAUCAGUUUUUCUCGCAGCCAGAUCGGCUGGCUGUUCAGAGAGGAUAAAACAGAGCGGGUUGGGAACUUCCUGGCAGACUUCUAUUCUGUGAACGGGCUGAUGCUAGAGUCCCGGAAACGACGAGAACACCUGAGCGAGGAGGACAUCUUGAGGAACAAAGCCAUCAUGGAGAGCCUGAGUAAAGGAGGCGGCAUCAGUGAACAAAAUUUUGAACCUGUGAGGAGGCAGUCACUCACAGCUCCAGCACCCAACACAAUUUCUUGGGAAGAGUACAUCACUGCAGAGCAGGGAAAGCCUCCUCAUCUUGGUAGAGAGCUCGUGUGUAAGGAGAGCAAGAAGAACUUCAAAGCUACCGUAGCCAUGAGCCAGGAUUUCCCCCUAGGCAUCGAGUCGUUACUCAACGUUUUGGAGGUCAUAGCCCCGUUCAAGCACUUCAACAAACUCCGGGAGUUUGUACAGAUGAAACUUCCUCCGGGAUUUCCAGUCAAACUCGACAUCCCCGUCUUCCCCACCAUCACAGCAACCGUCACCUUUCAGGAGUUUCGCUACGACGAAUUUGAAGACUCUAUGUUCGUGAUCCCCGCUGAAUACAAAGAAGACCCCAGCCGCUUCCCUGACCUCUGACCUGCUGACACAAACAGGAAAUGACCACUGAGCUUAGAUGUUUGGGAGGAGGGAAACAAAAUGAGGAAUCUUCUUAUUCGUAAAUGUAUUAUCCUAUCCAUUUCUGGUCAGAUCGAUCAGUUGUCGCUCAUUUCGCUGAUGGAUCCAAAGCAAAUCAAUGCAAACAGGUUUUUUUUAGAGCGCUAUCUCAUUUGUAUGCCUCGUUUCCACUGCAUGGUAAGGCUCUGUUGGACUUUUUAAUGGAAAAGGUGAAACAAGUUGUUGCUAGUACCCGGUACUCCUCUUGGUAUCACCUCAGCUGUGGUUCCAUGCAAUCUGAGCCUAUAAAGAACUAAAAGAGUUCACAUGACCGAUGGGUAAAAGAAUAGUCACUUGCAUGUACAUGACGGCGUCCGCCCUAAGUAGGAGGUUGGAAGGUCAGCGGCAGUGACUUCAGCACGUUCACAGCGUACACAUUUUAAUACAUCACUUAAGUAUGUAGCAUAUUAAACAUGCCUAUCUAAAGUUCAUUGAAUAACGUCUGUUGCAUUAAAUCUGUGCUUGUGUACUUGAAGUGGAGACACGACCACAUGCCACACCUGGGUAAGAAAAAAAAUGAAGUACUAGAACCAGUUCCAUGCAGGUCGAGUCAAAAAGGGCCGAUACCUUGCUGGUAGGAAAAGCGGCAUUAGAUGCAUAUCUGCAUUAUUUUUGUGAAAUAAGUGAUAGUUUUUAUUGUUCUUGCUGUUCACCAACUGAGCGGUUAAACUGCUGCUCUGAGCUGCUCUUCUCUCCUGUAAACGCUCUUAUAAGAAACCAUUCUGAACUCCUCAUUUUUACUGCGUUGUUAGGAACUCGUUCUGGUCCU